AAUAGUUUAGUUCGUAAGCUUUGAUUGAAUGAAGAAAAUGUUUAGGAAAGCAAUAGUACUGAAAUCCAUCAUAAUUAUCUUCUUAAUAUGGCCAUGUUCAAGGACUAAUGGACAAACUACCCUGUUUCCCAUAUUUAAACAAGAUGAAGCCAUACGAAAUGCCAGAACCAGAGAGAUACUUAAUUACAUGAAACUCUCCAUAGAUCCAUGUGUGGAUUUCUAUGAAUAUGCCUGUGGAAAUUGGCAAAAGUUCCAUACGCCUACAAAAAAACAUAUUGAAACACCUAAAACUCUGCUUGACUCCAAAGUCAAUAAGGAUUUGCACAAAUUAUUGGAUGAGAAUGUAACCAUUGAUGAUAAUUUGACAUCGAAAAAAGUAAAAACUUUUUAUAAAUCCUGCUUGGAAGCUAAAAGAAACGAACUACAGCAACAGGUUUUCCUUAAUGAUUUUAUAAAGAACAAUGGCGGCUUUCCGGCCAUACCGGGUUCAAAUUGGUUAAUACAUCAUCACAACUAUGAUUGGCAGCAUAUAGUGGCGGGACUACGUUACCAUUAUGGCAUGGAUAUUUUGAUAGGUAUGGAUAUCGACAUCAACUAUCAAAGCAUGCAUGAAAACAGUAUUUACUUGGGAGAGCCAUCCACAAUAAUACCCAAGCAUUUGUGUAGCUAUCGCGGUACAAAGUUAGUGGAAUUAACCGAUGAAGAAUAUGUGCCUAUAGAAACAGAGGUGGCUGAUAAUUUGCGCAUAUGGUUAUCACUCAAUAAGGAAGAAGCCUGGAAAUUGGCGGCCGAUAUUUUAACAUUUGAGUACGAUUUAUGUUCUGCCAUGUAUAUCACAGAAAUCGAGGAGCAGGACUUUGUGGGCAGUACUAAUCCCGAGCUGAUGCACAAAAAAUAUGCUCGCAAAACCUUAACCGAUUUUACCCAUCAAUUACAGAACAAAAUCGAUUUAAAUAGCAUAGUAACAGAAAGUUUUGGCGUACCUGUGUACAAGCCCGUCUUCAUGAGAAGUCCACAAUAUUUUGAACAGCUUGUCAAAGUAAUGGAUACGAAUAACAGUACUACAAUAGCUAACUAUAUAAUGUACAGAGCAAUGUCUUAUAUUAGUCUACCUCUAAAUGACACUAUUCAGACACGUCCUUCCUAUUGCCUGCAAAUAGUCAAGAAAUAUUUUCCUCAAAUUUUGGGUGAUAUGUAUCAUCGUAAAUAUGCCAAUGUGGUGGAUCAGGAUCAAGUGCAGACCAUAUUUGAGAAACUUAAAGACAUAUUUGGUGCCAGUCUACAACAGAAUUGGAUAGAGGGUAGUACGGCAAGAUUGGGUAAAAACAAGUUGGCUGAAAUGAAUUUAUAUUUUCCCGCCUACGAUAAAACGUCUUUGAAUUUGCAAUUUUCGCGCAGUGAUUAUUGGAUGAAUCUGAAACUUAUAAUGGCUGAGGUGAGAAAUAAUGAAUUGAGUCGUGUAUUUGCUACCGGUUUACCCAAACCAAAAGAUGAAGUUGAGGCCUAUGAAACUAGAAUUGUUUAUAGACCUUAUCAUAAACGCAUCGAUAUGGGUUGGGGGUUAUUACAAGCUCCUUACUACCAACCACAAUUGCCCAAUUCUAUGCGUUUUGCUAUUAUGGGCCAAAUACUAGCAGAAGCUAUAGCUACAGCAUUUGAUGAUUACGGUUGGACUAGUGACAUAAGCGGUCAUAAUAACUGGGAUCCCAUAACUGCGGUAGAAUUUUACAAACGUGCCAAUUGCCUGCGUCAACAAAUUGGCAACUAUCUCAACAAUGAUCCUGAUAGUUUUCGCAAUGCUACUAAAACACGCCAACUUAUGGCUAAAAAUUCUGCAAUAAAUAUAGCCUUUAGUGCUUAUCUCGACUGGCUUAACUAUCAAAACCCUAACAAUGAUCAUGGUGUUUUAUCUCGAGAAACUUUAGCGGAACUUAAUUUCACCAAUACUCAAUUAUUUUUCAUAUCAUUUGCUCAAAUGCACUGUGAAGCUAAAAAGAAAUCAACGCCAAAGCAGGAAAAAAUACCUAGGAUUGUUGUCAGCCCUUUGGAUAAGCAUACCAUGACGCGGUAUGAAGUCAAUGGCCCUUUGGGAAAUUUUCACGAAUUCGGCCGAGAGUUUGGAUGUGCAAUUGGUUCGGAAAUGAAUGUAGCUGAUAAGUACAUUUCAAUUUGCCAAAAGAGACUGAGACUGAGCGUCAGCAAAAAAACUCUAACAGUGAAAAUGUUACAAAAUCGGAAGAUUUCUUUAUUCUUAAUAUGUCUAAUAAUCGCAAUCAAUUACAGCGAACAACGCCAACAAGGCCAAGGUCAAAUACAACAAGGCCGUCAAAAAGUUUCGCAACAACUACAGCAUCAGCAACAACAGCCUCAAACGAGGCAAAUAGACCACCGAACAAUUCAAGAACGAGAGCAUAAAGCAAGAGAAAUAUUGAAAUAUAUGAACUUAGAAGGAGAUGCCUGUAAAGAUUUCUAUGAUUAUGCAUGUGGCAAUUGGUUGCAAGAACAAAACACUGAUAUGGCCAGUGAAGGUGACCUGAUAAGUGUCCAAAGCCAAAUGGAGCAAUUUGUCAAUAAACAAUUGCAAGCCAUACUAAAUGAACCGAUAGUGUCCCAAGAAGCAAUGGGUAUAAAAGUGGCAAAGGAUUUUUAUAAAUCAUGUUUAAGGGUACCGGCUAACUCACCGGCUCAAAGAAAUUUUAUGCACACUUUCAUUUCACAACAUGGUGGUUUGCCCGAUAUAAAGCGUAUCAGUUGGGAUGCCAACAACUACAAUUGGGUUCAUAUAAUAGCUGAUUUGCGCCGAAAGUAUGGACUUGAUAUUUUAAUUGGCCUUACAAUUGACCGCACCAACACCAAUCAUAAAGCUAUCUAUAUUGAGGAACCCCGUACCACUUUACUGCCAGUGGAAUUAUGCAGUUCUUUAGCUGCUCGUGAAAUAGAUGAAAAAGAUCAAGUAUUUGAUAAAAUACAAAAUGAAAUUAAAGAUAAUUUACGUAACUUUUUUGAAAUUACCGAAUCAAAUGCUUUACGUACAGCGGGUGCUAUAUUACGUUUUGAAUUUGACUUGUGUAAAUAUAUGCGUAUGGAUCAACUGGCAACACCACUGGAUGAGGAAGGGGAAAUGGCAUUGAAUUCUAACAGAAGAGGUCAUCCGGCUCGAAUUGUGGAAAAUCGAAUGCAUGGAGUUCGUCAAAGUGCCACCAAUACCUUACAGAGCUUAAACAGUCUAUCAGAUAUUUAUCAAAUAAAUUUUAAGGAUUUUGUUGAUCGCAGUUUAGAUACGGGUACAAUAUCUCAAGUUUACUUCCGUUCCGAUGAGUAUUUCAAACAGUUAAGUCAUAUAUCGAAGAAGGGUCUACAGGCAUCAUUUGCCCAUUACAUUAUGUAUCGGGCUCUAACGGAAAUUAAUUUUCCCCUUAACGAACGCAAUGGCCAAAGGCCAUUUUACUGUGUCAACCAGGUCAUGCGUUACUUACCUCAGGUAUUAAGUAAAGUCUACAGCGAUAAAUUCAACCAAUUGGAAGUCAAACAGGAUAUACAAGAAAUGUCUUACAUUAUCAAAAUGGUUUUCUCUAAAUACCUACAAACCAAUGUGCAGUGGAUGACCGAGAAUACAAAAAAAGCCAUUAAACAAAAAUUAAAUACUUUAAAAAUCACCUUUCCUAUGUAUCAACCAAACGCGGAUGUCUUAAGAGGUCUGCCGUUGCAUGACGAUCAAGAUUAUUGGCACAAAUUGGAAACCAUAAUGAUAUAUAAUGCCAAUCAGACAGUUCAGCAAGUACGACUGACCAAUGAUCAUUUCAAUUACAUUGAAGCUCCAGCUGUAAGCAUACAACAAAAACCUUUAGCUUACGAAUUAGUGGUCGGUUAUGGUCUGCUGCAAAAACCCUUUUAUUCUCCCUCCUAUGCCAAUUCACUUAAAUACUCCUCCAUCGGUGUGGCAAUAGCUAGAGAAAUUAUAAAAAUUUUCGAUCAGCAAGGUUUGCUUCAAAAUCCAAUGAAUACUUUUCCCUAUGAUCCCACUACUAUGGAUAAUUUUCCACUUAUUAGCGAAUGCUUUCGUGCCCAAAUAAGCAAUAAUUUUCAUAAUAAUCCAAAUGUUUUUCGAAAUGCUACCAAAUUGCGUGAUAUUAUGGCGGAAACAAGUGCUUUAAAUAUAGCUUUUACAGCCUACAUAAACUGGUUACAGCAAGACGGUCGGCCAAGAAAAGAAUUAGAAUUGGAGACAUUGCCAGAUGUAAAUUUCACUAACACACAAUUAUUUUUUAUUAAUUUUGCUCAGACCCAUUGUGCAGCACGUCAUAAAGUGGAAUUGGCUCCGGAAUUUUUACCCUUAUAUCGUCGUACUAUGGAACAGUAUGAUAUUAAUGGACCAGUGAGUAAUAAUGUGGAAUUUGGCAGAGAUUUUAGUUGUGAACUGGGUGCCGAAAUGAAUUUGGACGAUAAAUGUUUGUUGUAUUGAAAAUAUGUGAUUUUUAGAAUAAAACUUAAAAUAUAAUAAUAGAAAUUUUUAUAAAUUUUUUUAAGAGUUUUUAAAAAAUCUUAAAAAUUCCAUGGUUCAAGUGUUAAUAUGUGGCUAACUUAGAAAUAGGGUCUGUUGGAAAAUGCACUGAAUCUGAUGAUUAGUUUGACCAUAAUUGAUGAAUUGGCUAAGUAAGAAUUUCAUUUAAAUUCUAGAUGAUCUAGUAAUAUUUAGAGCAGUAACUUCCAGAACCAGCGCUCAAAUUUGAAAAAUGUUUUUAAAUUUUGUUAACCGGUGACGUAUGAUUAAUAUUAAUUAAGGACUAUAAUGCAAUUUCUCUUUAUAACUUGUAUCUUUGAAAAGCUAUUUCACAAAUUUAAAAAAAAAAUAAAUCUAAAAAAUA